GUCAAUUAUAAAAAUAAAAUUAUUAAUAAUUAAUAUUUUUCUCCCAAGAUUAUCUUUCCUUUCCUUUUCUUUCGUAUCUCUGCGGGGAUCUGUUCUUCCCAAAAAAAUCAAGUUCUACAGCCUUCCAUAACUUUCCAAACCCAAACAAAAACAAAAUCUGAGUAUCAAUCUCUAGUCUCUAGACAUCAAUCCCGUAAGAACAUCAUAAAUCAAAACAAAAAGAAUCUCAUCAAACACACCGGCGAACUCGUCUCCAGCAUCCGUCGUCUUGCUGGUGAAAUCGGAUCCGUCGCGCACCAUGGUCGUGUCGAAGCAGAUGAGGUGCUCGAUUCUCCUUCCUUGUCGUGGCGCUCAAUUCUCCUUCGUUGUUGUCUGUCUAGGCCCUGGAUUUGAGACAUCGAGGAAGAAUCACGACCUGGCGGCGUUGAGGGAGAGAUGCGGCGGUGCGGGAUGGAUGGCGAGAGGACAAACUAAGGGUGGAAUAGGGAUUUCUAGGGGGCGAGUGCGUAGAUCGGGAGGAGUGCGGUGGUUAUAGGAGAGAAGGUGCAGUGGUUAUUGUCGACCGGGAAGGAAAGGAAGGCUCGCCGUUCGUCAUGGUCAGGAGCCGAGCAGUUGAUAUUGAUUUCGCCGUUCCUCCUCGACCGCAAAUCCCUAAUCCCUCCUCUGCAGCAGUUCGUCGCUUUCGAUUCCACCCAUCCCUAUUUCCUCCUCCACCAAAAAUCCCUAAUCUCUGGGUUGUCGGAGUUCGUCGACCCAACGCAACUAGUCGCCACCAAACCAAGACAUCUACUGGUCGAAGAGGGAUCAGAGAAAGAUGAGGGAGAAGAUUAAGAGAGAGCAGCGGGGAAGAUGGGAUAAGAGAUUAUGAUGGAGAUUAAGAAGGAAUAAGGGAUACAGGGGGGAUUUAUUUUCUUUUAUUUUUUGUAUGCUUUCUUUUUUCUUUGUGUAUUUUAUUUUUUAUUUUUUAAAGUUAAAUCCACAUCGCAAUGUACCGACGCCACGUCAGCGUUUCUGUUAGUCCAGUCAUCGUGUUAGAUGACGCCGUUAAAGUAUUGGACGAAAUUGGCUAUUUUGUGUAUUUUUUCAAAAGUGGCUAUUAUUGACAAAAACAUGAAAGUUAUGGCUAUACAAGUGUAUUUUGCCUUUCUUUUUCCUGUUCUUCCUCUGUUCUCUUCUCUCACUUCUCUCUGAGCUAGCGAGAGAGAGAUUCUUCUUCUCUGUGCAUUACACUUCCAGCCAAGCCACAACAACACCAAAGCGCAUUCCUCGUGACCAACUCUUCCUUCUCCCCUCACUCUCUCUGUUUCAGACAACACAACCCUCGCUGUUCUGAUUUCCGUUGCCUUUUCCCCUGCUUUGAGCUGGUUACCAGCAGAGCAGAGUUUGUUCUUUCACUGUCGGCCACGCCGUCGGUUGGAGAAGAAGAAAGGGAUGACGUCCGACGGGGCGACGUCGGCGGCGGCGGCAGCAGCUGCGGCGGCGGCGGCGAGGAGGAAGCCGUCCUGGAGGGAGAGAGAGAACAACAGGAGGAGAGAGCGGCGGCGAAGGGCAAUCGCCGCGAAGAUCUUCACUGGGCUCAGGGCACAAGGGAACUUCAAUUUGCCCAAGCACUGCGACAACAAUGAGGUCUUGAAGGCUCUCUGCCAGGAAGCUGGAUGGGUCGUUGAAGAAGACGGCACGACUUAUCGCAAGGGAUGCAGGCCUCCGCCACUUGACAUAGUAGGAACUUCAACGAGAGUAACUCCGUACUCAUCUCAAAACCCAAGUCCAAUGUCAUCUUCAUUCCCAAGCCCCAUUCCAUCCUACCAAGUCAGCCCUUCAUCUUCAUCCUUCCCAAGUCCAACCAGAACCGAAAACAACAACCACCCACCAUCUUCCUCCUCCAUGUUCCCUUUCCUAAGAAACUCCAUUCCUUCAUCUCUCCCGCCACUCCGAAUCUCCAACAGCGCCCCGGUCACCCCACCACUGUCCUCCCCGACUUCCCGAAACCCCAAGCCUACGAUCCCCACCUGGGAGUCCAUCAUGGCAAGGCAAUCCAUGGCAUCAUCAUUCAGCUACCCGUUCUAUGCUGCCUCUGCACCAGCCAGCCCGACUCAUCGGCAGUUCCAUGCUGCCCCGCCGGCUACUAUACCCGAGUGUGAUGAAGUGUCCGAUACUUCCACGGUUGAAUCGGGGCAAUGGAUCAGCUUCCAGAAGUUUGCCCCUGCCUUGGCUGCUGCAAUGCCAACAUCACCAACUUACAACCUCGUGAAGCCGCCGGUGGUCCAGCAGAGUCUUUCUCACGACACGAUCAUGGUCGAGAACGGGAGGGCGAUGAUGGAGUUCGAGUUUGGGAAUGGCGAGCAGGUGAAGCCUUGGGAAGGUGAGAGGAUCACUGAGGUAGGGUUGGAUGAUCUUGAGCUCACUCUUGGGAAUGGGAAAGCCAGAGGUUAAGUGAAAGAUAAAAUGCAUGUUGUCUCAGUUCUUGAUUUCCAAAGAGGAUAACAACUUCAAUACAGAGAGAGACCUACGAAGAACAAAUGCAUCAUACUCGGGAACCAAAUCCUUGGGGAGGUUCUGAUUGAAGAACUGAACUUUUCUUAUCUAUGAGUUUCUUCUUCUCCAUGGUUUACAUCUAGUUUCCUGUCUUCUGGUUUAGUGCUUUUUCUUCCUCUUUUUAUCGUUUUUGAUGGUGAUGGAAUUGGUUUGGGGAUUAUCUAAAUCUUUAUUACAAGCAUAUUACUUGUAGAUAUUGUGGGUUGGGGAAAUUACAAUGAAUCUAUGAUGAUCAUGGUGGGGGAAAUUGGAGGAGUUACUGUUACUCCCUCUCUUUGUAGACAUUUUUUUUUUUACUUUGUAGACUGAUGAAUCCAGAAAUGAGGAGAAAAAAAGAACAACCCUUUCGAUGAUAUUGUGAGAUGAUUAGUUUGCCGUUGCUGUUCUUGAUUACCUUUAGCUUCAUUUCUCUGUGCCACAAAUUUUGUUGUUGAGGAUGACGGUGUUGCUGUUGCUAUUUCCUUGUCAUGUUCUUCAUUAUAAUGAUAUGAUAGUUUUCCACCUUUCUGUUUCAUGCUGAUAAGCUCCUGAUGUCACUCGAUCCAAGUUGCCAAUUGGAAGAAAACUGCUUCAUUGGUUUGUUCUGAAUUGGUUUAAAAAAUGUUAGGCACCGUCAGCUAUUAGUUUGUUUACAAAUCUGUAGCAAACAGCUUCAUCUUAGCUUGAUCUGACAGUAGCAUACACCUGUUCAUCAAGCAAACAGCACCAUUUUCUAACUCCUAAAUUGAACACCUUAGCUAUAUUAUGAUGGAAGAAUCUUUCAUCAGCCCAUGAACAUGCCUGAUUGGUGUUUAAGUUUAACCCAAGUACUGUGAAAUCGUAUCGGAGGUAGAGUAAUUUGUGUUGAAACCGUGGUUCAACCGUUUCAUAAUGUUAAAAAUCACCUACCGGUUUAGUCUCCAGCAGGAUGCUUUUACUGUUGAACUGCAAACACGGUUUCACGAACAUUGGUUUAACCUACGUUGUAUGGCUACUCCGACGAAUGCUUGACAACUUGAUCAUCUGAGCGAGUUAUUCAGUCACACAAUCGUACUAGUACAAUCUAUAUAUGAAGCUCACAGGGCGUUUGCGAGAACGUGCUCAAAUGAACGCCCAGCAUCCGCCAGAUCGAACACUCAGCAGUCUUCCAGUUGUCAUUGUGGGAUCGAAAGAGCAUGAUGUGAUACCUCUCCAUCAAACAUCGAUGGAUUGGCUAGGAGAGGAAGUACAGAGAACUGGGGAAUAGUAGGCUGACAGAGGCCACGUUCAUUCAUGGUGAAGAAGGACACACAUUCAAUGCUGAGAAUGGAGUUGAAGGGAAGCUCGUAGGUGUUGUUAUAUUAAAGACGAUGGGGUUGU